CCGACAGGCCAAAAGAGUCGAUGCUGCUCGGUCGCCGAUUUCCAUCGCACUGAAACACGACACGCCACGCAUUGCACACAGGCAUUGCCCAGGCGACGGCAGGCGGGCCGUUCGUCGUUACUUGUCCUCCGCACCAUCCCACCGGCGCCGAACACAGACGGCCCAGUCAAAACACAGGGCUGAGCUGGCAAAGGAAGUGCCUCCCAUGGACGACUAUCUGGAUAGUCCUAUGGACUCGGACGAUGUCUUCCCCUGCAAAGGAUGCGGCGAGAUUCUCGAGGAGGGCAAGGCAUUUGAACUCGCUGGAAACCGAUGGCAUCUCGAUUGCUUCCGCUGCAACACGUGCAACACGCUCCUCGAUUCGGACGCGAACCUGCUCCUGCUUGGCGAUGGCUCGCUCAUUUGCAACAACUGUACCUACAGCUGUAGCGCCUGUGGGAACAAGAUCGAAGACCUCGCCAUCCUGACGGGCGACCAGGCGUUCUGCGCAACCUGCUUCCGCUGUAGGAACUGCAAGAGGAAGAUUGAAAACCUGCGCUAUGCUAGGACCUCGCACGGGAUCUUUUGCAUGAACUGCCACGAGUCGCUCAUGGCGAGACGCCGCAAAAAGUCGAAGGCAGCUGCACAGGCUAAGCAACGGGAGAAGGACGCCUCACCCAUGCUCACAGACAAAUCCCUGCCCGCGCUACCGCCCAAUGCCGUGCCUCCCAAUGCCUUCUCCAACGACCGCCCGACGCCAGACUCCCAUACGCCGACCGAGCUCUCCCCGCGUCCUCGAGCAGCCUACGGAAGAAACGAGUCGUCUUCGCGGAGCAGCUCGAGACCUGAUCGGUCCCCUGAGAGGCCCCAUGAGCCUGCAAAAGAGUCUUCUCUGGCGCCGGCCGCGCCAAACUACCGGCACAACCGAAACUCGGCCUUUUUGGCGGGAGACCUGAACAGUGGGGACUCGGACGGCGGCUACUUCAUCCCCGUCGCGCUCGAUCCCAGUCCGGCGCCGGCGCCGUCGCUGACCCCUCAGUCCAUCUCAGACGCCUUCGCAGAGCCCAGCCGAAGGAACAAGGACAGGGAGUAUUUCACUUCCCCCCGACCAGCUCCUGAGAAACGAAACGAUUCUCAGGCGUCGACUCCCCACAUCGCAUUCCAGGAGAAGGGUAGGCAGACGUCGUCUGAUUAUGAGGCGCCCCAGCUCGACCGACCAGCGCGGAAGCUCUCCAAGAGAAAUGGGAACCCCGCCGAUGAGGGGAAGAAUGCGACUCCCAAGUCGCAGCCCGGCGACGAAUUUAAAUUGCAAGACGCUCCCAAGAGCAAGAAGUCGGGCAAUUCGAGGAGCAACUCCAUAUCAAAUAACUCUCUGGACGUGUCUGCUGCCGCCAAAGCUCCGCCAGCCCCUCCCCGGAACAGGGACGUUUUGUCCAAUGCGACUAAUGAGCCUUCCCGCCAGCCUGGGCCGGGAGACAAGGCUUCGCCGCCAAGACCUCAGCAAGACGCUGGACGGAGAGAAGACGAUAUCGUUCACCCGUCCGCCGACUCGAUGACGUCCCCGCGAUCCGAUGCCCCUGUGCCGCCGCCCAUCGCGAGGAAAGAGCUGCCGCAGAACCAGUCGCGAAAUGCGAAUGGAAACGAGUCUGUACCGCAGCCACGGCCGUCUGCACCAGAGACAAAACUCAGCGACACGUACAUGCAACCUAGGGCACCGCCUCAACCCCCGACUCAGACCCCCAAGGACUCGACGGCGUCCGCCAAUGAGGUACCGGAGCCGAAACUGUCGCCCAAGCUCCCGCGGUGGAGUGCGGGGGGCGAGUUCAGCAUGGACGAAGAUAUGGCUAGAAUCUUGGGCACUGACGAGGGUUCGUCCUCGAUCCUGCGGCGUGUGUCCAAUGCUGUACGCCACGGGCGGAACAAUAGCAGCGAAGUGGGUAACAACCACGGCAGGCUAGGCCAUAGCAGGAGUGUGAGCGAGACUACCAGGGGAACUGCGUCUCCCCGCUGGCCCAGGACGCCAAUUGCUGAGGAUCCGUCGAAUGGUGGCCCGGAUAUCAGUAGCCCGAUGUCGCUCUCGGGGGCUGGCCAGGACGACCCGGCCUUCUUGAAGCGGCAGCUGAGGAACUCGGAGCAGCGCGUGGCGGAGCUCGAACGGCAGUUUAACACGGAGAAGGACCUGAAGAACCUGAACAAGAAGCUCAUCGAGAAGAGGAAAACCGUUUCGGUGCUGGACACGCAAACAGAGAUCAUGAUCCGCCAAAUCGAAGUUCUUGCCGGCUACGUGGAGCGGGCCAAGAAGACUAACGAACCCAUCGACCCCCGCGAGCUGGAGGAAUCCGCGAUCAAGGAAUUUGUCCAGAAGUUGGAGAAGGUCAAGCAGAGCAUGACAGCCGCGAUUGAGCAGCUCCAUGCAGAGCGGGAUGAACUCCUGGAGCAGAAGGCCCAGGCCAUCGCCGACCGGGAUCGGGCGCUACUCGAAUUCGAGCAGCUGUCCUCUAAGAACGCGCAGCUGGCUGAUAUGAAUAACGACCUGACCCACCAGAUCCAAGAGAGAUUCAAGCAGCAGAUCAACAACGGCGACCUGAAGAUGGCGUCCAACGGCCUGGGCAUCUAUGGCCACGCCAAGGGCGUCUCGUCGGCAUCCGUCAACCUGGACGCAGCCAGUCUGCAGACGGGAACGACGAUGGUUGGGACCGAUGCGGAGGAGCCGGUCGUCGAGGGACCCACCGUUGUCAACAUCCGGAAGGGCCAGGUGAAGAAAUUCAACUGGAAGAAGGGCUCCAGCAAGGUUGCGCACAAUAUCUCGAAGGGCAUUAACCGCGCCGCGGGCGCCUUCCAGCAGGACCAGAGUCGUGGCCAGCCGCAGCAAGGGCUGACGGGCGAUAACAUCGGCCUCCCCUACAACAUGACGGUCGCCCAAGUCGACCCUCCGGCUCCCAUGAGCCCCGCAGGCGGGCUCAAUCGGGCCCAAACGGAAAACGCGCGACAAGGGUUUGGCUUCUUCAGCAAGAAACAACCCAAUGUGCCCAAGUCAACGUCCGUCACCAAUGUCUCCACCCCUGCCCCGGCGGAAGCGCCCAGUACCCUGUUCGGCUCCGAGCUGGUCGAGCGGGCCGACUAUGAGCGUCGCCAGAUCCCCAGCGUCGUGACCCGCUGCAUCGAGGAGGUAGAACUGCGCGGCAUGGACAUUGAGGGCAUCUACCGGAAGACGGGCGGCAAUUCACUGGUCAAGGCGAUCCAGGAAGGCUUCGACAAGAGCGAGGACUUUGAUAUCUCUGACCCAGGGCUCGACAUCACGGCCGUCACGAGCGUGCUGAAGCAGUACUUCCGCAAGCUGCCCACUCCGCUGCUCACGUUCGACGUGUACGACCGCAUCUUGGAAUCUAAUUCGAUACAAAACGAGGCAGAGCGAUGCGCGCAUAUGAGGAAGACGAUCAACAUGCUCCCGCCUAAGCAUCGCGACUGCCUCGAGUUCCUCAUGUUCCACCUGGCCCGAGUGGCCAGCAGAGAGCGCGAGAACCUGAUGUCUCCCAAGAACCUGGCCGUCGUCUUCGCGCCCACCAUCAUGCGCGACCACAGCCUCGAGAGGGAGAUGACGGACAUGCACGCCAAGAAUGUCGCGGUGCAGUUCCUGAUCGAGAACAGCCACGUGAUCUUCAACGAGGCGUGAGGAAGAGAGACGGACGGGGAUCGGGGAGGAGUGGGAUUGCAAAAAAAGCGCGGAGCAUAUCAGGGAGCAAGGACGGGAUGGUACGGCCUGCUUGCUUCUUUUUGUCUUUUUCCCCUUUUUCGGGUAUGUGUGGUUCUGAACCUUGUGCUUGUGGCGAUCUGUAUAUACCUUUUUGAGCUUUGCGCGGAGAGACCCCCUUAUGCCUGCCUGCUUGCUUGCUUGCUUGCGUUGCUUGCGUUGCUUGAUGUAUUCUGUUUCG